UGUAGUUGCACCGCCAGUCCGCAGCGGCGCUAGAGGUCUUGACGCGGUCGUUGCAUGGAUGGUCUUUACCCUUGCACAUGCGCAUUGUUGUCUGAAGGUGAAAGUGCAGAGGGACUGGACUGUGACCGGCGUUUUCUCUCGCCGGUUUGUUCAUUUGUUCUUUACGGUGCAGAGAAAUGGCCACGAAGAAUAGUGGUGUAGUCGUGAGGCGAUCCGGUGUGAAUAAUGCUGCCCAAGAAAAAACGGUGAACAGCGAAACUACUAAAGGGACAACAUCAUUGGAAGAAGGAUCAGCCCGGAUGUCUAUCUUAAUUCUUCUUUCUACCUUCCUCUCAGCUGCUUUUGUAAUGUACCUAGUGUACAGGAAUUUCCCAGAGCUUGAUGAGGAGGAGCGAAAGACGAUAGUGAUUCCGAAAGACAUGGAUGAUGCCAAGGCAUUGGGAAAGGUUCUUUCUAAAUACAAGGAUACUUACUACGUACAAGUAUUAGUGGCAUACUUUACCACAUAUAUUUUGUAUCCUUUUUACAUGUAGUCAGUACCAUGUUUGCAUAGCAAUAUCUGGAGCACAACUUCCCUAUUAAAGAUAUCCCAAUAUUUUUGAAGAAGGGUCCCGACCCAAAACGUUAGCUUUCCUGCUUC